AUGACCGACUCUCUAGACCUGGCCAUCUGUUCCACCUGCGGCACGCAGUUCUCCGUCCCAACCGUCUCAUCAUGCAAGAUCUGCGAUGAUCCACGGCAGUAUAUACCUCCAACAGGUCAAUCCUGGACAACCCUCCGUGCCCUCCAAACAAGCAAAAACUACCACAACGACUUCGUCCCGGACACAACCCACCCGGACGCGCUCAUCGCCAUCCACACGACCCCCAAGCUCGGCAUCGGCCAGUCCGCCUAUCUCUGCCGCACGCCCGCCGGCAACAUCCUCUGGGACUGCAUCACGUACCUCGACGACGCGACGAUCACCCGCAUCACCGAGCUCGGCGGCAUCGCCGCCAUCGUCAUCUCGCACCCGCACUACUUUUCCACCCAUCUGGAGUGGGCCGCCGCCUUCGACUGCCCCGUGUACCUCUCCGCCGAGGACGACGAGUGGAUCGUGCGGCGCGGGCCAGCGCAGGUCCUCUGGGAGGGGCAUAGACUGCCGCUGCCGCUGCCGCUGGGACAGCCCCGGGGCGGAGACAGGGCCUGA